AUGAUGACACCGUUCAACGCUAUGCUUUUUCAACAAAUCUUGUUCUUUUUAUUUCUAAUAAUAUCUGCAAUUCACUGUCUAGAAUUGUGCUCAUUUGACGACGGAACAUGUGAGUGGGAUAUCAAACCACCCUGGAAUGUUGUCUCAUUAGCGAUUCUGCCACGUCAUCAGGAACCUGGACUUCUUAUCACUUCUAGAACUACUGAUGUUGUUACAUCUGAAGGACCGUUUCUCUUGGCACAGGGAAAGUUUGCAUCAGUCCCUUCUUCAAGAGUUGUUUCACAGAAAAUUUUAAAAUCAGAUCAUAUGAGAAUUCUUGCUUAUCGUUAUCAACGAAGAGGAAAAGCCGUUUUGAGGGUUCUUCUAAAAAAUGAAACCGAUGAAAUUCUUCUGGAUACAAUUUCUUCGAAUGAACUUGAAAGAACCAAAUGGCACCGAAGAAGUGUGAUUUUUCCACCGAUUCCUUACGAUAAUCAAACAAGUGUAAUAUUCGAAUGUGACAAUAUUCAAACAGCUGAAGAUGUGAUUGCUGUUGAUGAAAUCGAUGUGGUAACCCCUGCAAACGUAAUGUGGGCGGGGCAAGAUUCAAAGUUUUUCGACGAAGAAGAUAUUCGGAGAAGAGAGAUUCGAAGAAGCUCAAGUUUAUUUUUAACUUCAAUUUUUGUUUCCAUUACAAUUUUUCCAGAAUUAUCGAAGGUUUGCACCCCAAUUUCCUGCCACUUCCUCUCUAGUGUUUGCUCUUGGACCCCUUCGAACAUUCAGAUGCUUCCCAAUAAAAUCGUAAAUGAAGCUGCUGGAGAAUCCAGUUUAACAACUACUCCAAUUCGAUUGCCUAUGGAUCAGUCUUCUUUUAUUCAACUUCAAAUGUUUGAUAGUUUUGGAUCAAUCACUUCACUAUCAUUUAGAAAUAUUGGAUCAAUGAAUGAGAAGACUAUUUGGACAGAAGGCACAGAAAAAUCUGGAAAGUCUCAAUCUGGAUGGAAUAAAUUAUUGAUUUCAUUGGAGGAAGUUCCGAAAGGUAUUCCAGUCGUAUUGAUUUUGAAAUCCGUCACCGGAUCUAACGAUUUUGUUGCAUUUUCGUCGAUUGAUUUGGUGGAUGAGAACUCGAAAACUAUAAGUUGCGACCAAGAAGCAACUCCCGUGCAACCGCAUUCUGGAAACUUUGUUCGCUUAACAGCUCUUCAAAAUCUGAAAAUGUCCCCUCUCGAAUCUAUCAUGUACCAACCUCCCAUCUCCACGACGACACCGUUUUUCCCAAUCCCUCCACCAUCUGUAUCGUUCAGUUUGGAUGAGAAACAUGUCACCGCUCCUGUUGCUGUUCUUCCGAUUUCUCCGGCUCAUGUCUCUGCUCGUGGAGUACCAAUCGUUCCUAUCACUUCAUUCUCGAAUCCAUUGAUACCUUUGAAUAUCCCCAAGUUUCCAUUUAGUUUCGUCUGA